CCUCUGUAAAAUAUAAUAAUUUCUUGAGAUACAAUGGAGUUAAAUCCUACAAGUUUUCACGUGAACCCUGCCCUAGCAGAAAUCAGUGAGAAAUGUCCUUUAUACGCAAGAGUUCUGGAUAAAGGAAACCAAUUGACCAUGCAAAGCCAGAAAGCAGCUAAGGAUAAUUGCAUGUUCAGAACACAUAGCUUUGAAAAAUUUCAAGGUCUGGGCCAUGUAGAAUCGGCACCUAUAGGAGGAAAUCUGUUUAUAUCAGGUAGCUCUGCUCCUGUAUGCGGGAUGAAGGAGAGAAAGGUCGGUCAGAAGAAACAAUAUUAUAAAGCACCGCUUCCAAAAACAAGAAGAAACAAAGUACCUAAAAAUUCUGUCCCUCCUUUACAAGGGUUUGGUUGUACAAAUCUGAGAUCAGAAAGCCUGUCAUCGAAGCAUUUGGCUAAUAAACUAUCAAAUUUGCCAGCAAUUAACUCUAAUUCACUCGUAGAGGAUGAAGAAGAGAAAGGGCCAGUGAACAAGUUUGUCAGGAAGAGGGGUGUCUCUCAGGCAGCUAGGAGGCAACUCCAAAUCUCUAAUAGGAUAACCAACCUUGGGAAACCGAAAAGAAAAGUCUUCACAAUCAACACUUAUCCCACAAGAAGUGAGCUAGAAACACUUCAGUGUAUUAUUCAGAAGAAUGAUUGGGAAGAAGCACUCGGACCCAACGAAGGCAACCUUAUUUGGUUUGGACUCCCUCUCAGGGAGAGUGAUUAUAAGCUUUUACAGAAGAGAACUAGGCUGUGGUUUAAUAAGUACCCAAUGAGCGAGUAUCUUUGCCGGAAGAAAGUACUCUCCUCUAUUUUGGCAAGAAUGAGGAAAUACUUCCCUGAUGACUAUAACUUCUUACCUCGUGAAUUCCUUUAUCCAGAGGAGAAGGAGGAUUUGGAAGAUUACCUAGAAGACAAACCCAAUAACUGGAUGAUCGCGAAGCCUUCAAGAGGAUGUGGUGGAGGAGGAAUAUUUUUGUUCAAAGGUCAGUUCAGCCCUCCUUACGCUCAGAACGAAUUUGUUGUACAAAAAUAUCUCUCCAAACCUCUCCUCGUUGAAAACAGAAAGUUCGACCUCCGAGUCUAUGUCCUUAUCAAAAACCUCGACCCGCUCGAGUGCUACUUCAGCAAUGAAGGGCUCGUCCGGUUCUGUAUCGAAGAGUACAAAUAGGCCCACCAGGGACAACUGCAAGGAGAUGUGUAUGCAUCUGACGAACUACUGCCUGAACAAGGAACAUGAAAACUACAUCAACCCUCAGGAGUAUGGAGAAGAAAACAGAGGUCCCAAGAGGCUGAUGUCGGUGUUCUUCAAGCAGCUUGAGAAAGAGUCCGGCUUCGACUCUGAGAAGUGCAAAGCUCAGAUCAAAGCCACCGUCCGCAAGACCGUGAUCAGCAUUCUUCCGUACCUGAAGAACUACGCAAAGAAGAUGAUGAGCACAGACUUGAAGAAGCUGCGGGUGUUCCAGCUCAUCGGCUUUGAUGUGAUGCUGGACCACAACUGAAAGGCAUGGCUGAUGGAGAUCAACGCUAAUCCCAGCUUAAACAUGUUCUUAGAGAGGCAAAAUCCCGAAGGAGAACAAGAGAAGGUCCUCUCUGAAAUUGACAAAUAUCUCAAAACCUUGGUUGUUGAGGAUGCAAUCAAUAUUGUUAAAUCACGGAAACCGUUAGAUGAUCUUGGAGUAUUUGAAAAAAUUCUUCCUGCUGAUGAAAGCCAUGACCAGUAUUAUAUCUGGGACAAAGUGAGAGAGAUAUUCAACCUCCUUGCUGGCGUUAAGAAGACGGAAUUCAUCACAGCAAGUCAAUUUCAGAAAUUAGGAAGGUGUACUGAAUUGACAAGUUCCUCUUUUUCGAAAGCUCAUUAUGAUAUAAUUUUCAAGAAAAUUAUUCGAAAGAAUGACAGUAAUUAUAUGAACUGAGAGGAGUUCUUCACAGCUCUGGAGCUCGUCGUCCAACAAUUCUAUGGAGGUCCACCCACAUUUGACAAUCUCAGGGAUUAUAUUUAUGAAGUAGAGAAAGUCUUUGGUUUAAGUACUGAAAGUGAUUUUUAA